GCUCAGUCAAAUCAUCAGCGAGAAACAGGGUGAGAGAGAAGUUUGAAACAAAUUGAGAGGGUUCAUGAAUGAGUGGACAGAUCUAGCCAACAAGAUUACUACAUUUUGACAGAAAAACAAACAGACCUUUUGGAAUACUACUUCUAAUCUUCUAAUUCACGCUUUCACAACUCUCUAAAGCCACGAUGACAGACAGCAGCAGUGCCCCACUGUCGUCCUACAUCAUGGAUGAGGAAACUCUGAAAAGAAAACAGAAGGAGAAGCUGAAGAAGCUGAUGGCUACAGGAGGCAACCCAAGGCCUGUACGCUCUCUCCUCUUCUUGACACUAAAGAAUCCCUUCCGCAAGGCAUGCAUCAGUAUUGUGGAAUGGAAACCUUUUGAAAUCAUAAUCCUACUGGCCAUCUUCGCCAACUGUGUGGCCCUGGCUGUGUACUUGCCCAUGCCUGAAGAAGACAGCAACAACACCAACAGCAACUUGGAAAGCUUGGAGUACAUCUUCCUCAUCAUCUUCUCUAUAGAGUGUUUCCUGAAGAUUGUUGCCUAUGGAUUUCUUUUUCAUGCAGAUGCUUACUUAAGAAAUUGCUGGAACAUAUUGGACUUUGUUUGUGUAUCUGUUGGCCUGUUCACUGUGGCUGUGGAUGCCAUUAACCACAUCAGUGGAGUGGAGGCUCCAGUAGGAGAAAAGGGUGGUGGCUUUGACAUGAAAGCUCUGCGGGCAUUCAGAGUCCUCCGACCACUCAGAUUGGUCUCUGGAGUCCCCAGUCUACAAGUAGUGAUGAACUCCAUCCUGAAGUCCAUGCUGCCUCUUUUUCACAUCACUCUACUGGUCCUUUUCAUGGUCACCAUUUACUCCAUUAUGGGAUUGGAGCUCUUCAAGUGCAAAAUGCACAAGACCUGCUACUACACAGGCACAAACAUCAUUGCUACAGUACAGAAUGAGAAGCAGGCUCCAUGUGCCCAAGCAGGGAAUGGACGCCGUUGUACCAUAAAUGGUACAGAGUGCCGAGCUGGCUGGCCAGGGCCAAACCAUGGAAUAACCCACUUUGACAACUUGGGCUUUUCCAUGCUAACUGUCUACCAGUGUAUCACCACACAAGGGUGGACCGAUGUCCUCUACUGGGUAAAUGAUGCUAUAGGAAUGGAAUGGCCAUGGAUCUAUUUCACCACACUCAUCCUGGUUGGCUCCUUCUUUGUGCUCAACUUGGUUCUGGGUGUGCUCAGUGGUGAGUUCACAAAAGAGAGAGAGAAGGCCAAGUCCCGUGGAGAGUUUCAGAAGCUGAGGGAAACCCAGCAGCUGGACGAGGACCUCAAGGGCUAUAUGGAGUGGAUCACACAAGCUGAGGUCAUCGACAAUGACCAAGAGGGACAUGGCCUGCUCACCACGGAAAAUGGCGGAUCAGAGACUGGAAGUGUUAGCAAAAUGGAUACAAUGCAGCUUAUCAUCUAUCACUAUAAGCUGGCUCGUAAAUGGAAUCGUUGGUUGCGGCGUAAAUGCAGAGUGUAUGUAAAGUCCAGACUGUUCUACUGGUGGGUGAUUGUGCUUGUCUUCUUCAAUACCCUGGCCAUUUCAACAGAACACCACAAGCAGUCUCAGAGACUCACAAACUGGCAAGACAAUGCCAACAAGCUACUGCUAUCUAUGUUUGCCCUUGAGAUGUUCAUCAAGAUGUAUGCUCUAGGCUUGCCCUCCUACUUCAUGUCUCUCUUCAAUCGCUUUGACUGCUUUGUGGUGUCCACUGGCAUUAUGGAGCUCAUUCUUGUCCACAUGGGCAUCAUGUCAGUCAUGGGCAUUUCUGUGCUACGCUGCAUACGCCUACUUCGGCUUCUCAAAGUCACCAGGUAUUGGACAUCUCUCAGCAAUCUGGUGGCUUCCCUUUUGAACUCAGUCCGUUCCAUUGCCUGUUUGCUGCUGCUCCUCUUCCUUUUCAUUGUAAUCUUCUCCCUGCUGGGUAUGCAGGUGUUUGGAGGGAAGUUCAACUUUCCCAACCAACCCAAACCUCGCAGCACCUUUGACAGCUUUCCUCAGGCCCUCAUAACUGUGUUCCAGAUCCUGACAGGUGAGGACUGGAAUGCUGUUAUGUAUGAUGGCAUAAUGGCUCAUGGAGGACCCAGCAUGCCCGGUAUCCUAGUCAGCAUCUACUUCAUCAUCCUCUUUGUUUGUGGAAAUUUCAUCCUUCUAAAUGUCUUUCUGGCCAUUGCUGUUGAUAAUUUGGCAGAGGCUGAGUCACUAACUUUGGCACAGAAAGAGAAAGCAGAGGAGAAGAAACGCAAGAAAGCACUCAGGGCCAACAUGCCUGAUAGGAUGUCAGAGGAGAAAGCAAAUCUGGUAAAGAAGUUGGCUGAGCAAAGGGCUAAAGGUGUAGAGGGCAUCCCAACCACUGCCAAGCUCAAAAUCGACGAGUUUGAGUCCAAUGUCAAUGAAAUCAAAGACCCUUUCCCUCCAGCAGACUUUCCUGGUGAUGAUGAGGAGGAGGACCCAGAGAUCCCAGAAAGCCCCAGACCUAGGCCAAUGGCAGAUCUACAGUUGAAGGAGGAGGCAGUACCAAUGCCGGAAGCCAGCUCAUUUUUUAUCUUUGGACCUCAGAACAAGUAUGAUGCUAUUAAUUGA